AUGACGAAUGGGGGCGUGGGGUCUUAUGAUUUGAAUGGAGAGCCACCGCCAUCCCGCAUCAUCAUCAUCAUCAUCAGCACCAUUAUUAUCAUCGGCGGCAGCGGCAUCGUCAGAGCUGGUCACGUGUCCCGUCGGAAGCAGGGACGGGCGGUAGUGUGGGAUGCAGACGUGGGGCAGGCUGGAGCGGAACCUGCAGCUCGGCGAGGCGGCCCCGAGCUCACCGAGGACCACCGCAAGCAUCAGUUGGCUCAGGCGGGUUGCCUGGUGGCAGCGGGGCACGUGCACGGAGCGGAAGAUGCUGAGGAUGAUUCGCCCACGCCGACCUGGACCAUGAGCAAUGAUUCGCCCGCUUUGACAACUCUGACGGAGAACUCUACAGAUGUCCCUGUGUCGGCGGGCCAGGUGGAAAAUUAUGUGCUGCUUUUGGUGCUACUGAGUAUUUUCGCUGGGGGGACGCUAGUUCUGCUCUCCCUGCUGCUGCUCUUCUGCCACCGCUGCUGCAUGGGUGGGCGUCGCUACUCCAGAGCGAGUGAUGACCCUGAGAAAACUAACACAACUUACGUUGAAGACUCUCAGCCCACACAAGAGAUCACCAUUCGUCUGGAUGAAACAGACGCUCUCUCAGCUUCCAGCUGUCACGACGGGGAGUCGGAGAGGUUCGUUUCCACCGGGCUGACAGGCCGCAGAGUAUCCUUCAACGAAUCCGCUCUGUACGAAAAGGAGAGGAUGACCGAGGACAAAGGACGCAGGUACACUCUAACCGAGGGUGAUUUUCACCACCUAAAAAAAGCUCGGCUGACUCACCUCCACCUGCCGCCGGCACCAUGUGACCUCAAAAUCCUCACCAUCAUGGAGUGUGACUCAAAUGAGAGCAGCUCUGUCAACAUCAGUGACGCGCCAACUCCUAAACUUCCUCUCACUAUUUACCAGCCGACUGAGAGAAGAGUGUCUGACUGGUUGGGUCAGAGCCGCAGCAGACGUCUCCCUGGCGACACACAUCAUUCCAUCCUCCUGGACCAGAUUCCUAGACGGGGUUCCCUGACUUUGGAGGCUCUCAGAGGCAGAGGGGAAGCUCAAGGUGAACACAUAAUGAGGGGGGAGACCACCCAUGCUUCCGGCCAGACGUCAGUUCUGCAGUUCUUGUCAAAACUGAGGCGACACACCAGUCUGGAGGGGGCUGGGCCCUAUUUCAAGCGUUGGAAGUUUGACAGGAGCCACCGGGCUGCCAGUCUGGAUGCCAAAGGGUCCCCAAAGAGAAGACCCUUCCAGAGGCAAAGAGCUGCAAGUGAAAACACUGAUCAUACUGAGGAUGACUCUUCAAUCCGAAACGAUACAACAGGGUCUUUUCCGCAGACUCCCAGUCAGACCAGCGGCCUCCAGUCUCUGUCUGCCGAAUCUCUGUCUCAACCUUCGAUGGGUCACACCACCUCCGUCUUCCUCCACAGGCUGGAGGCCGUGGUUGUGGAGGUCAGCGGUAUCAGCAGUAGAAGAGAAGAACCGCCUUGGCAAGCGGAUCAUUUCUCAAACCAGAGGCAAAUCAGCAUCUCAGGCAACAACCAGAGAGUCCAGGAAGGAUUAAAACCCGAUGCUGUCGCAAGGACAGACAGUGUCUGGCUUGAGUCUGAACCUCUACAAGAGGAUGAAUUGUUCAAGUCACAACAGGAAGCCAAAGUCAUCCAAUGUAAGGACUCGCCUAGGAAAACUCCAGAUGAUAAAACAAGCAAUCUGACUCAAAACUGUGAGAUGGAAGCUGAUGAAGGAGAAGAGGUAUUGUUAGAAGAUGAAAGCAGACCGAGGGCGGAUUCAGGUUCUUCUCUUUCCUUCGGGCUUCGGCAGGAGAUCUUAGAGUCUCAACCGUCUCUCUACAGAGACAUCUGGAGCUUACGAGCCUCCCUAGAGCAAUACGCCUCCUCGGACCAGAGCAGCACUGACAGGGAGUCUGUCCGCAGCGAUGCCGAAAGUGUCUCGUCACAGAGCGGAAACCGUACCGGACAGCUGGACAGCUGCUUGUCCCAAGACCUGGAUGAUGAACCCGAAGCAGAAGGAGAGGUGAUGGAAGGAGGUAUCAGAGGGGCAUCGGGGGGCGCCAGCGAGACCGGAAGUGGGGUUGACGGAGAAGGUGACGUGGGUAACCGCAAACUCCUUCAGAUGGAUAGCGGCUACGCCUCUAUUGAAACACCAUCCAAAGGCCCGGAGGAGAUGCGCAUUUUUGGGACUCCUGCAGCCCCACGUGGAAAAACGGCCUCAGAAAGAAGGUUGUUCUUCACAAGCUCAGGUAGAAAAGGUUCUGUGUGCGAGAGCACCGACACCAGGUUGUUCCAGGAAGAGAUGGAAGAAGAUUUAACUGAAAGCACAGAGGAGAAACACAAGACUAGUCUCUUGCUCCAACAACCCGUCAAAUUACUCGAUCCUCAGAAACAAGAUAACCUAACAACUCAACUGCUGAAGCCGAUAUCUCAGCCUUCCAGUCCUCACCGACCUCGCCUACACCGCCGCGACUACAGCAUCGACGAGAAGACCGACGCACUUUUCAACGAGUUCCUCCGACACGACCCCAGGUUCGACCAGCCAGAUUCGCCAUUUCGGACCAGGCACCGCUCCAGAGUGCACCUGAGGAAGCAGUGGCAAAGACACAAGCAAUACAGCGACCCGGGAACAGGGGGUCGUUACUCCCCAUCUCUGGAGAGACAGAGGUUCACCCCGCUACCGAGAGGCGACAGCGCCAGUUAUCCUUUGGACACCAGGUACCACAGCACACUCUCGCGCAUCGCCAGCGCGGCGGAUGAAGAAGCUAGCGAGAUAGCAGCUUGCGAAGAGGCAGCCAGAGAAAGCACAACAGAAGUGUCCGGCGAUGGAGCCGUCGCCUCAGAGAUUAUAUCAAAUGUGACUGGCCAGGGUGACGGUCAGCAAACUUCUUCCAACACUAAAAGCACAAGCAGUCAGCAGCCCGCCACCGGGCUUGCGCGCUGCAUGGACCCUCGAGUGGAAAACAGGAACAACAACAGCAGUCCGUCAAGCAAUCUGGCAGACAAACUGGCCGCGGCGGUGGAGGAGAGACUCUAUGGCAGCAUGCGGAGGGCUGAACUCGACCAGGGGGGAACGGAGAGCGUGGUCGCUGCCUCUCACACAGUCUCGCCUAACCAUAGUCCUAUGUAA